AUGCCAAGCAAGUUGAGGAAAGCAAUUGGAGCUGUGAAAGAUCAAACCAGCAUUAGCCUUGCCAAAGUUUACACCAAUAACACAUCAAGAUCCAAUCUUGAAGUUGUGAUUCUUAAAGCUACAAGACAUGAUGAAGCUCCCAUUGAUGAUCGUUACGUUAAAGAACUUCUCAAUCUUAUAUCUUCAAGCAAAGUGUAUGCAGCUUCUUGUGCACAAGCCAUUGGCAAAAGGAUUGGCAAAACUAGGAAUUGGAUCGUUGCCCUUAAAUCCCUUAUGCUUGUUUUGCGAAUUUUCCAGGAUGGUGAUCCUUAUUUUCCUAGAGAAGUCCUCCAUGCAAUGAAACGGGGUGCUAGGAUUUUAAACCUUUCUACUUUUCGAGAUGACUCCAAUUCAAGCCCUUGGGAUUAUACAGCAUUUGUCAGGACUUUUGCUCUUUAUCUUGACGAGCGUUUAGAUUGUUUUGUAACUGGGAAGCUUCAGAGAAGAUUCACCAACAGAGAGAAGAGAAAUGGCCACCAUGGAAACCGAAGUGGAACUGAUCCCAUUUGUGAAAUGAAGCCUGCGUUUUUGCUUGAUAAGAUCUCUUUUUGGCAAAAAUUGCUUGAUAGAGCUAUGGCCACUAGGCCAACAGGUGCAGCCAAGACAAACAAGUUGGUGCAAAGUUCUUUGUACGCUGUCGUACAAGAGAGUUUCGAUCUCUAUAGAGAUAUUUCUGAUGGGCUUGCUCUUCUUUUGGAUAGUUUCUUUCAUUUACAAUAUCAAUCUUGUGUCAGUGCUUUUGAAUCUUGUGUCAAGGCUUCAAAACAAUUCGAUGAGCUUUGCUCUUUCUAUGAUUUGUGUAAAAGUAUUGGAGUUGGCAGAACUUCUGAGUAUCCAAGUGUUCAGAAGAUAUCAGAAGAGCUUAUAGAAACAUUGCAAGAGUUUCUGAAAGAUCAAGCUUCAUUCCCUACACAUAUUCGAUCAACUUCUCCUAAUUUGCUUCUUCCUGCACCACCAGCCAAGGAACCAUCUUCAAGCUCUGAGAGAUCUGAAGCUUGUGAUCAAUAUUAUUCUGAGAGAGAUUUUGAUUUUGGGUCGCAGUGCAACUCAAUGGAGGAUCUUACGGGAACUAGCCCAUGCCCCUCCAUGGAUCAGACUGAAGAUCUCAACAGUGGGACUGAUUCUGAAUCAAUUCAAUCACUGCCCACAGGAAGCGCUGAUAAUAGCUGCUUAGAUUUGGUUUCGUUGGGGGACUGGCCAGCUUCAGAAGAUCAAAAGCAAGAACAAGAACAACAAACUUGUUGGGAAAUUGUUUUAGCAGAGACAGCAAGCCAACCAAAAGCAAAUUCAAGCCCUGCACAGUUGUUCUUCGAUCAAGAUUCGACAGAUUUAGCUAAUGGAUUUGAGAGUCUAUUUGGGAAUAAUUUAUCAGGUCAAACUUCACAGCCAGAAUCUGCAAUUCUCAAUAAUUUCUUCGAUCUAGCUUCAGUGCCAGAGAACCAUUACAAUCCAUUUCUACAAGAUAUUAUUGAGUUUCCAGCAAUUCCGACAACCCCUAAUAAAGACCAACUAGUGUUCCCAAUCGACGAUGUGUUUCCGGCAGCUUCUCCAACAUUUACGGCAAAUCCAACGUUUAGUGCAACAAAUCCUGAUGGGGCACUGCCAUUUGCCAACGAAGAUGACCCAUUUGGGCCUUACCCUACGACAAUGGCUGAUACACAUGAAUCUAAAGGUUGCAUGGAUCAGCAGAUGCUGUUGCAUGAGCAGCAACUGUGGCUUCAGCACCAGGACAAGAUCAUAGCCAGGAACAUGGCUUAA